AAAUUCCCAUAAAAAAAAGGGAAAAAAAGAGAGGAAUUGUCCGUGGGCGGUGACUCGCGCGAUGGAGAAAGACACGGCGGCGACGGCGGCGGCGAGGGUGUGCCGGCGGUGCAAAGAGAAGUACUCGCCGUCGGACAACACGCCGCAGUCUUGCAGGUUCCACCCAUCCUUCUUCGUCUGCCGCCGCCACGACGACCAGAAGAGGUACUACGAGCUUAAGGACGGGGACCCGCCCUACGCCGCCAGGUUCUACGAUUGCUGCGGCGCCGAGGACCCCGACGCGGCCGGCUGCGCCACCGGCUUCCAUCUCUCCUACGACGACCCGGAGUAGCCAACUAUACCAUACCUUUGCAGUUAGCAAUAGAUUUUGGUAUCCUCCCUGUUAUGUGAAAAGAGGGGAACUCGCCCUGUUGCCUUAGUCCUUCCCGUGGUGACGAUGGAGGUGGUGGUUACGACUAGCAGUCAGGCACACGGUGGAGGUGGUGGUUACGACUCAGGCCAGAACAGUCAGGCACACGGUGGAGGUGAUGGUAACUCAGGCGUCGGGAGGGGUGGGGAACCCGAUCUAUCAAGGUUGUCAAGAGGAGGAUGGUCCUCGCGAUUUUUGCCCCGGGUGCUACGUCUUCGACAAUGGUCGUACG